AUGACAUGGUAUUGCUGUGAUUAUUACUUCCUGGAAGAUAUUGUGCAAAUGCUUCGUUUUUUGCCACCAGCAUUUGACGCCAGACGAAGACGUGACAGGGAGCAGCAUGAUGACGAAGAAGAGGAGUCGGAAGAGGCCCAAAAUAUGAAUCUUAUUGUUAGCGAUGAUUAUGGACCAAACACAAAACUUGCGAUGAGCCGAUUGUCAGAAAAAGAAAUUUCAUUUGAAGUAAUUGAGGCACUUCUAAAUGAUAUCACUGGGCAAGGUGAGGAAGGUGCCGUGCUGAUUUUCUUGCCCGGCUGGAAUAUCAUUUCGAUGUUGCUGAAUUACCUGCGAGCGCAUUCAGUUUUUGGUAACGAAUCGAAAUUUAUCGUACUCCCACUGCAUUCGCAGUUGACAGGCCAGGAACAACGCCGAGUUUUUGAACGCUAUCCACCACACAUGCGAAAGAUUAUUCUUUCGACGAAUAUUGCGGAAACAAGUGUCACGAUCAAUGAUGUUGUCUACAUUAUUCUUUCGACGAAUAUUGCGGAAACGAGCGUUACAAUCAAUGAUGUUGUCUACGUAAUUGAUAGCUGCAAGUGA